GGAAAUGAGGAUAUCAAAGUGGCGUUGCCAAGUCUGUUAUGGAAACCAGAUCUGUUUUCACCGAACGCCUUGAGUAUGGACACUUCGAUUAAAGGCUACAUGUCACUGUCGCCAGAAGGUCACCUACUGUGGAGUAGUCAACAGGUUGGCUGUUACCGCUGUCCGCUGAGUCUGACGUCGGUAUAUCAAGAUAACGGGAUCAUCAACUGUACGGUCGCAUUCGAAAGUUACAGUCUGAACGCGACCAAACUGAAUCUGCAGUUUGAAAACCACACCUUUUCCACGGACGCGAUCAAUGACCAGACUUCGAUGAAAGUGGUCAGCGCCAGCGAAGAUCUGAAUUUGCAGCCUAUCAUGCACAUCAAAGAGGAAGACGAUGCUUCAUAUAUUCAACAUGGACUUAUAUUCUUCAUCAUCACUGGAGAAGAAAGACCGCAGUGUUAUUUGCACCAAAGUUUGGUCAAAUAA